UGCUGGCCGAGCGAGAUGAAAGGUAUAAAAGGUAGCUUGAUGUCGUCGAUAAUCAGACCUUCAUCAUCACAACAAGCCUCUCGCAUCCUUCAAAUCCAACCAACAACAAACCAACUCUUCUCAACUCUAUAUCAAACCAUCCUUCAAGAUGCAGCUCAAGAACCUCAUCUUCGCCGCCGCUACUGCCGCCGCUCUCCCGGCCACCGACGCUGCCACCAACCAGCCCUUCGGCGUCAUUUCCAUCCACUCCGGCAGCGGUGUUCAGUAUGCUCCCUUCAACGCCGCCCUUGGCAGCAUCUUCGCCGGCCUCAAGAGCCAGAACGCUAGCUGCUCCAACCCCCAGGACCAGACCGCCACCUUCUUCCUCGACAACGGUGCUCUCUACCUGUACGACCAGUCUGAGACUCCCCAGGAGCUCUACGUUGACCGCUCCGGCAUGGGCCAAGGCAAGAUCGGAUACACCACCGGCGCUCAGCCCGCCCCCAAGAACGGUGAACGCCAGGGCUGGUCCAUCGACCAGAACAACCACCUGCAGUUCGGUGGAAAGGACCUGAUUGCCUGCCCCAACAGCAUCCAGGGUGCCUGGAGCAUCUGGGCCGAUGCUGGUGUCGAGAAGCCCGGCUGGAACGAGGGCUGUGAGGGUAUUGCUGCCCGCGUUGAGUACAGCAAGAACCCCAACGUUUGCUCUUACACUUCCAACUAAGGCAGUACGGAUGAGUCCGCUGGAUACUGCUUGACAAGAUGCUUAGUUGGAUAUUUUGAGUUCUGCUGUCGAAUUUGAGUUGUUAUUCAUUUAAUAUAGUGCUACAUAGCGAAUCCAUUUAUUUUCUUCGCUGAAAGCUGUGAUCAAGUAAUUUCUGAUGUGUUUUA